AUGAGUGGAAACAGAACAGGCUUUGAGGAUCAGUUUCUGCCAGUGGGCGAACCUGGCCCGCCAGGGUUACCAGGUCCACCGGGUGCCCAAGGUGAACCUGGAGACACAGGGUCUCCUGGAAUCCCCGGUCUGGCAGGACUUCCAGGAAUAGACGGGCUACCCGGACCCGAUGGGCCUCCUGGUGCUGAUGGGUUCCGGGGUGAGAGGGGAGACCCAGGACCUCCUGGACCACCUGGCUUGGACCUAGUGGAUCCAGAGGAACCCGGAGAGGUUGGACCCCCGGGACCUCAAGGUGAUACUGGACUGGAAGGUCCCCAGGGUCCAAGUGGUCCCAGGGGUCAAGAUGGUCUAACCGGGCUUCCUGGUCCUCCCGGACCUCCUGGUCCUCCAGGUGAACCUGGACUUUACACAGGAGAAGGAAUUGAAGACUUUUCUUGCCCAGCAGUGUGCCCACCUGGCCCGGCUGGUCUUCCUGGGAUGCCCGGAUUCAAGGGACACACGGGCCACAAGGGGGAACGUGGAGAACCCGGGAAGGUCGGAGCAAAGGGUGAUCCCGGACAUCCAGGAGUGCCAGGUCUGCCCGGACCCGUCGGAUUACAGGGUCCUCGAGGACUGAGAGGUCUCCCGGGCAAGCCUGGACCUCCAGGCUUCAGGGGUCUCAUGGGAUUCCAGGGUCCUGCUGGCCCUCCGGGGCCCCCCGGGAAAGUUGGCGACGCAGGCCCCAAAGGGCUCAUUGGAUUCCCGGGGGAAAGGGGCGGCCCGGGGAAGAUUGGCCCACGAGGGUUGCCUGGUCUCGCUGGACAGAAAGGGGAGCCAGGAAUUCCGGGCCGCGAUGGGCGAGAUGGAAAUCCGGGGGCCAAUGGCGAGAAGGGUGAUCCUGGACAAAACGGAGCCCCCGGAGAGAGAGGCCCUGUUGGGCAGCCUGGACUAUCUGGAAAGCCAGGAAGGAAAGGUCCUGCAGGUGAACAGGGAAGCCGAGGACCAAUGGGAGCUCCAGGUCCCCAGGGUCCCCCUGGGAGUCCGGGAGAACUGGGUGACUCUGGCGACAUGGGUGAACGUGGACCCCGGGGCCCUGUUGGCGAGAUGGGGCCGCCAGGUGUCCGCGGAGUGGAAGGCCACAGGGGAUUCCAGGGAAAGAAAGGUGAGAGUGGUGAGCCUGGCAUGCCGGGGCCAACAGGAAUCCGUGGUGAUUUCGGUGACAGGGGUCCUGUUGGAGCAUCUGGUCCCAAAGGUAACCAGGGUCUCGCAGGGUCUGAUGGGCUACCUGGAGAAAAGGGAGAUAUGGGCCAGCCGGGACCUCAGGGCCAGAAGGGAGAGCCAGGACGUCGCGGUGAGGUGGGACCCAAAGGCAAUGCUGGGCCCGCUGGAUUUCCCGGAACAGACGGAGUUCCAGGUCCUGCCGGGCUGAUGGGACCAGCUGGAGAGCAGGGACCUCCUGGUGUCACCGGGAAAAGGGGUCCUCCAGGCAAACUGGCGAGCGAGCAGCGGAUUCGGAACCUGUGUCGAGAUCUCAUCAGUGAUCAAAUUGCCUUGUUAGCAAACAACCUGCGAAGGCCACUGAUGCCUGGGAUGAUCGGACGACGUGGACCUCCAGGUCCACCUGGAGCAUCAGGACAGAAGGGGCAAGUUGGUCACCCGGGCAAUCGAGGUCCCUCAGGGCUGAGCGGACCACCAGGAGAGCUUGGGGAUACCGGCCCUCGAGGUGAUCCUGGGGCAAAGGGCGACAAGGGUGUUAUUGGGCGAGGAAUCGAUGGUUUAGUGGGACCUCAGGGACCUCCAGGUCCCCCAGGCGCAAUGGGACUCAGUAAAAAUGGACGUGAUGGUCAGCAGGGAGACCCAGGCUAUCCAGGAGAACCUGGACGACCAGGAAGGAAUGGCGCUAUGGGAACACCAGGAAUCUGCGAUACCUCCGCCUGUCAGGGAGCUGUUUCAGCAGUAAAAGCCGGAUCUUCCAAAAAAUCAUGA